CAUCAACAUCUGCGAUCUGCGAACGCGUUUAGUUGUUUGCAAGUUGUUUGGUUAAUUGACUAUUCAUUUGAAAAAAUGCAAGUUCAAUUCAAUUACUAUUGACAAAGUAUUGGGUGUCCGACAAUUUGUUCUAAUUUGACUCCAAAGUGUAUACAACAGUGUUGAAUAAAGUAUGCCGGAAAUCAAGUUAAUUCCACUGGGGGCUGGGCAGGAUGUAGGCCGAAGUUGUCUUUUACUCUCGAUCGGCCAGAAGAAUGUAAUGUUGGAUUGUGGAAUGCACAUGGGUUUCAACGAUGAAAGAAAGUUUCCGGAUUUUUCAGUGAUCACUAAUAGCAAGAUGAAUUUGACAGAGUAUUUGGACUGCGUAAUAAUUUCUCAUUUUCAUUUGGACCACUGUGGAGCAUUGCCUUUUAUGACCGAGAUGGUAGGGUAUAAUGGGCCCAUUUACAUGACACACCCGACAAAAGCAAUUUGUCCAAUUUUAUUGGAUGACAUGCGAAAAGUUUGCGUCGAACGUAAGGGAGAGACCAACUUCUUUACACAACAAAUGAUUAAAGAUUGCAUGAAAAAAGUAGUCGCCGUGAAUCUCCACCAAACUUUAAUGGUUGAUGAUGAGUUGGAAAUUAAAGCUUACUAUGCUGGUCAUGUUUUGGGAGCCGCAAUGUUUCGCAUAAGAGUUGGUGAGGAAUCGGUAGUUUAUACGGGCGAUUAUAACAUGACUCCUGACCGACAUUUGGGGGCUGCGUGGAUUGACAGGUGUCGCCCAGACCUCCUAAUCACGGAGUCAACAUACGCCACUACUAUCCGGGAUUCAAAACGUUGCAGAGAAAGAGAUUUUUUGAAAAAAGUUCAUGACUGUGUUGACAAGGGUGGAAAAGUUUUAAUCCCUGUGUUUGCGCUAGGAAGAGCGCAAGAAUUGUGCAUUCUGUUGGAAACUUACUGGGAACGGAUGAACUUGAAGGUCCCGAUUUAUUUCGCUGCAGGCUUAACUGAAAAAGCCAACAACUUCUAUAAAAUGUUUAUUACUUGGACCAAUCAGAAGAUUAAGAAAACAUUUGUGCAUAGAAAUAUGUUUGAGUUUAAGCAUAUCAAACCUUUCGACAAACAGUUCAUAGACAAUCCUGGUGCAAUGGUGGUGUUUGCCACUCCAGGAAUGCUUCACGCUGGACUGUCUUUACAAAUAUUCAAAAAAUGGGCUCCAAAUGAAAAUAACAUGGUCAUUAUGCCGGGAUAUUGCGUGUCUGGAACUGUAGGUUCUAAAAUAUUAAGCGGGCAUAAGAAAAUCGAAUUCGAAAAUGGUCAAGUUGUGGAGGUGAAAAUGUCUGUCCAAUACAUGUCCUUCUCCGCCCAUGCAGAUGCAAAAGGAAUUAUGCAGCUAAUUCAUUACUGCCAACCUAAAAACGUGCUUCUUGUUCAUGGCGAAGCGGCUAAAAUGGAAUUUUUGAAGCAGAAAAUUAAUCAGGAAUUCAAAGUUGAAUGCUAUAUGCCUGCUAAUGGUGAAACUUGCACAAUUACAACAAAUCCCGACAUUCCCUUGGACAUUGCUGUCCCAAUUAUUAACAAGGAGGAAACGGAAUAUGACCAACAACCACCAGAUCCAAAGCGGCAAAGAUUGGUCCAUGGUGUCAUGAUUAUGAAGGAUAAUCGCUUGAAAAUAUUGGACGUUGAGUCUGCUGGUGCAGAACUGGGGCUUCCUCGUCACGUAAUGCGCUUCACAGAAAAAGUCACAAUCCGUGAGUUUGGAGCAAUUUCACGCGUUACUGACAAAAUUGGAGCUCUGUUAAGAACUCGUCUUAAUGCGUCCACCCCUGUGGACACCCUUUCUGAAAAUGAGAUCUCUGUCGAUGGUGGACGAGUAACUUUAAAAAUAAACCCUGUUCCCAAAACUGAAACUGCAAAAGAAAUAUGUACCACUUGGGGAAUGGAGGAUGAUGAACUUGGAGCCUUCAUAUUUGCGCUAAUGGCCAACAUGACGUAAUUAACUUACCAAUUCUUGCAUCGUUUUUAUUUUUUCGUGUGUACUAUGUAAUUGAAUCUAAUGGGAAUAAAAAAAAGUGCACAAUA